GAAGUUAUCCUUAACGCGUCUCUCUCGGUGGCUGCUUCACCUAUAAAAACCUGGAAAUCCCGUUUCUCAAUUUCAAAACCCUAAAGUCUGAACAACAAAAAAUCCCUCAACCCGAAUAGCAGCCUUUAAGAGAAAAAAAAGUUAUGAGUUAUUACAGUCAGAAUCAGCCACCAGUUGGGGUUCCUCCCCCUCAAGGUUAUCCACCGGAAGGGUAUCCGAAGGAUGCAUACCCGCCACCACAGGGGUACCCACCGCAAGGUUACCCACCCCAAGGUUACCCACCGCAAGGCUAUCCCCCGCAAUACGCUGCGCCUCCUCCACCGCCACAGCAGCAAAAAUCAAGCAGCGGUGUCAUUGAAGGCUGUUUGGCUGCCCUGUGCUGCUGCUGUCUCCUUGAUGCAUGCUUUUAAGAAGUUGAGGAGAGGGAUAUACCAUUAGAAUUUGUUUAUUUUUCUUUUGUUAAAAGUUUUGAGAUAUAUUUUUUUUUUGGUGUUGAAGUUGGUAAUGACAUUUGAUUAGCUACCUUUUAUGAUUAAUAAUUAUUGAUAGUGGACAGGAAUGUAUGCUUUGGGGAUUGAAUUUCUCGGCCAUUUUUUCUUUCUUUUCUUUUUCCACAAUUUAAAUCGAAUAUUGUAUAGAAAUCGAAUCAGUUCUUUAAAAUGACUUGUUGAAAGCUCCCUUUUAGGUGUA